AUGCAAUCGUAUGCCCGAGCAUGGGGGCUGCGCCUGGGCCGCGGAGUCGGGGGCGGACGCCGCCUGGUUGGGGGCGCGGGGCCGCAGUGGGCGCCGCGGAGCCGGGACCACAGUAGCGGCGGAGGGGACAACGGCGCACCUGGGGCCUCGCGCCUCCUCGAGCGCCUCCUGCCUCGACACGACGACUUCGUUCGGAGGCACAUCGGCCCCGGAGACAAAGACCAGAGGGAGAUGCUCCAGGCCCUGGGGCUGGCGAGCAUUGAUGAACUGAUCGAGAAGACGGUCCCCGCCAGCAUCCGCUUGAAAAGACCCUUGAAAAUGGAAGACCCUGUGUGUGAAAAUGAAAUCCUUACAACUCUGCAUGCCAUCUCAAGCAAAAACCAGAUCUGGAGGUCAUAUAUUGGCAUGGGCUAUUACAACUGCUUAGUGCCGCCCACCAUUUUGCGGAACUUACUGGAGAACGCGGGAUG